AUGGCAUUGCUUCUUCGCUUCAAUCAACUGAGGAACAACAUAUGGAGUAGUUGUCCUGCCAGGUUGCUUAUGCCACAUGCUGGAUUGUCAUCUGGAAAGUUGCCUGAUCCAAAAAGCUAUGAGAGGCGCCUUUUCUCAACAAGGGUUCAAGAGACAGCUAGUUUGGACAGAACAUGUAUUUCCGGAAUUCAGCCAUUAGAGUUUCAGCAGACUUCUGAACAUGAGCAAUCUGUGCCUCUUCUUAUCUUUGAUAUUAAGACCACUGGUUUUCUCCAGAAGCGUAAUAGAAUCACUGAGUUUGCAGUCCAUGAUCUUUGGGCAGGAAAGAAUAACACAUUUGAAACUCUCCUUAAUCCUGAGAUGGAUGUUCCUAACUACAUUGCAGCUGUCAGUAACAUCAACAAUGAUUUGGUCUGCCGACCUGAUGUCCCGAGUGAUGUACUUCCGUUACUACUGGCGUUUGUUCGAAGCCGCCAAACUCCUGGCAAACCAGUUAUAUGGGUUGCUCAUAAUGUAAAAAGAUUUGAUGGCCCUUUCCUGGCCCAAGAGUUUGAUCGUUGUUCAGCUCAGAUCCCUGAAGAUUGGCUGUUUGUUGACACCUAUUGCUUGGCAAGGAAAUUGCCUAAGCUUCUGCCAUCAGAAGAUAAGAGACAUCUCCAUGACUUGGGGUCACUAUGCAAACGCUAUGGGAUCUCUGUGGAAGGCCCUCCUCAUAGAGCAAUGCAAGAAGUGAUGAAAUUAUGUCAAGUUUUCCAGAAAAUGAGUUUUGAUCUAAAACUGACAUAUGAAGGCCUAAUGGAUGAGGCCAUCGAGGCUAGUUAUUUCAGCAAGUUUCUUAAGUAA